AUGCUGGCAAAACACAACGACUCCCCUCCGUUCGCCGAUCACAAGGAUCUACACAAGGUCAUCAACACCACCGAACUUGGCGAUGUCCCCUGGCAAUGUCUCUCAGUUCAGUACGUGGGGGAACGCUCUGAGGAUAAUGUCCCGCCAUGGAUGGACAAUGAAUAUGAAGUCUGGUAUAGGGACCCCCGCUUGAUGGUGCAUAAUAUGCUAGCAAACCCUACCUACAAGGGUGAGAUUGACUAUGCGCUGUUCCGAGAGUAUGACACGUCGGAUAACACAUGCCGAUGGAAAGACUUUAUGUCUGGAGACUGGGCAUGGCAGCAGGCUGAUGACAUAUCGAAUGAUCACAAUACGCAUGGAUCGAUGUUCAUUCCGAUCAUUCUCGGUAGCGACAAGACUACUGUCUCCGUCGGUACAGGCAACAAUGAGUACUAUCCGUUGUAUGCAUCAAUUGGUAAUGUACAUAACAAUGUGCAGCGCGCACACCGCGAUGCUCUCGUCGUCAUUGGUUUCCUCUCUAUACCCAAAACUAAUAGGAAAUAUACUCAUGAUGACACAUUUCGUACAUUUCGUCGCCAGUUGUUCCACCGCUCGCUCUCCCUAAUUCUCGCCAGUCUCAAGCCUGCGAUGACUGAUUACGAGGUCGUGCGCUGUCCAGAUGGUCAUUUUCGACAUGUCAUAUACGGUCUGGGACCCUAUAUCGCAGACUACGAGGAGCAACUGGUGCUGUCCUGCACUGUUAAAAAUUGGUGCCCAAAAUGUCUCGCAAUUCGAACAAACCUUGAUGGUGGUGGUAUGCAUCGCUGUCGGGAACACACCGACCUAAUGAUACAUGAAAACGUGCAUUCAGAUACGUUAUGGCAUGAGUAUGGUAACAUAAGUGUUGUUGUCCCAUUCACAAACGACUUCCCCUGGGCCGAUAUUUAUCAAUUGCUGUCCUUUGAUCUCCUCCACCAACUGAUCAAAGGCGCUUUCAAGGACCAUCUCGUGGACUGGGUAAUCAUGAGCGACGUAGAUCGCAGCAUUGUUCCUGGCCUCCGGCGAUUCCCUGAAGGCCGCGACUUCAAACAGUGGACGGGUGACAAUUCAAAAUCACUCAUGAAGGUAUUCCUUCCGGCUAUCAAAGGCCACGUACCUCGAGAUAUGGUGCGUGCAUUUCGCGCACUAUUAGAAUUUUGCUAUCUCGUUUGGCACAAUGUCGUUACCGAAUGUACCAUGCUUCAAAUUCAAGAUGCAUUGGUUCGGUUUCACCGCUAUCGCCAGAUAUUCGAAACCACAGGCACAGUCUCUCACUUCUCGCUCCCUCGCCAGCACUCAAUGUGCCAUUAUGCAGACAUGAUCCGACUCUUUGGCGCCCCGAACGGAUUAUGUUCGUCGAUCACGGAAUCCAAGCAUAUCAAAGCUGUGAAGAAUCCCUGGCGGUGGUCCAGCAAGAACAACGCCCUCGGUCAAAUGCUUUUGACCAACCAACGCCUCGACAAGCUUGCAGCGUCUCAUGUAGACUUUGCGACACGAGGGAUGCUUGUUGGCUCAGGCAAACUCUACAUCUUCAAUUCUGCUGCUGCGACGUUCUAUGCCCCCAGUGAUCCGAGCGGCAUUCGUGUGUGUCCACUCUGGCGGAAUGUCUACGCCCGUAAUGAUUGUGUGUUCAUCAACACCAAUCCGGGUGCUGAAGGGAUGCAAGGACUUGAAGUUGCAAGAAUCAAGUCCUUCUUUUCAUUCAAACAUGACUGGGAAUUAUAUCCCUGCACUCUCGUUCAUUGGUUUGACAAGGUCGGCGACUGCACUGACGAGGACACUGGCAUGUGGAUAGUGUGUCCCAGUGUUCAUGACGACGACUCCCCAAACCUCACCGUGAUUCAUAUUGAUACAGUCUACCGCGCAGCACAUCUAAUCCCUGUCUACGGUUCCGAUUUCAUUCCCAAUUCCCUCAAGUAUUAUCACUCCUAUGAUGCUUUCCGCUUGUUCUACGUCAACAAAUAUGCCGAUCACCAUGCCUUCGAGAUAGCAUCAUGA